AUGGCGCCCUCCAAGCGGCGCAAGACGUCCGCCGCAUCGGAGCCGACGUCCGGAAACACGAGCGCCGGCGUGCGAACCCGGCGUGGCGCGAGCGCUCGGGGCGACGUGCCCGACGCCCCCGACGCAGAUCUCGACGCCGAGCCCGAAGAGCUCUUGUGCCCCAUCACGCGAACCGUGUUCCGCGACCCGGUGUUUGUGCUCGAAUCUGGACACACAUACGAGAGGAGCGCUAUUCUGUCGCACUUCCGGCGCAACGGCGCAAAGGACCCGCUCACGCGUCGCGCCCUGAGCAGCACGAAGGUGAUGACGAACUGGGCGAUGCGAAACGUGGUUCAGGCUUGGCUGGACAAGCACCCGGGCGUGACGCCCGACGGGUGGGACAGUCGCGAGCUGCUGGAGCCGUCGGAGGAUGACGGGACGCGAACAUUCGACGACGAGGGUGAUGUCGAAGUGCUCCCAGGGUUUAGGGUUUAG